UAUUUAUCACACGAGAUUUUCAUACACAAAAUGCUGCAAAGGAAGGACAUCGCAUAAUUCCUUGGUGUAGUGAAGACCAUCGUUCCUUGCCUCCCAUCUCCAAUACCUUCCACAUUUCCCUCACCAAACCCACGUCCUAUCCCCACUACCCAUCUCCACCUCACGAUGUCCGAACACUGGAAAUCCACCCCCAACUACUGGUGCAAAUUCUGUAGCGUCUACGUCCGCGACACCCCCUUCGCCCGGCGCAACCACGAAGCCACCGGCCGCCACCAAUCCGGCAUCCAACGCUCCCUCAAAUCCCUCCACCGCACGCAUGAGCGCGACGCGCGCGAGAAGGACCGCGCCAAGUCCGAGGUCGCACGGCUCGAUGCCCUGGUCUCCGGGGGGGCGCCGUCUAGCUCGAAGGCGGAAGGAGUGAUUGGGCGAACGGAGAGGGAUAGGGAGAGGCCACGGCAGGCGACGACGGAGGAGAGGAAGCGGCAGAUGGCGCAGUUGGCGGAGAUGGGGGUGGCAGUGCCGGAGGAGUUUCGGGGGGAGAUGGCGAUGGCGGGGGAGUGG